GCAACGCGCCAUCUCACCUGCCUGAAUCAUCAGAUCUCUUGUUCGGUUACCUGGCGUGGGUCAAAGAUUAAUAUCAUCGCAGGCAGACGUUCUUUCUGCAAGUCAAAAAAAAACAGAUCUCGGAAAAAAGUGACUUGGUGUAAAAAGUGUGCAAAUUCGUACAUCGAGCUUCAAGUUCAAAAUAAUCAUUUAAUAAUACAACACCCACGUGAAACACAAACGUCCUACACACAAACGUCCGUGUUCACAGACGUGUUUGACGGACGUGUUGUGUCUGUGUGGGCAGUGAAUAAUCGAUCUUUACGAGUCUCAAAACCUUCGCGUGUUCGAACAGUUUAAACUUCAAGAUACUUCGCAGAGCGCGAACGAUAAGGAAGAAAACAUCUCUCUCUCUUUCGGAUGAAUCGCGAGUAAUCUGCGAAUGCGCAAGUGAGAAAAUCCUGUCUCGGAUACGAAAAUGAACAUUUUGGGCGUGAAAUUUGCGCCGUUAAACGUACCUCUGGAAAGAAGACUGCAGACUCUCGCGGCGGCGACAUGGUUUGUGAUUCUAAGUCUGAACGGCGUGCUCGGGUUCCUCAUUGCGGGCUAUCUUCUGCUCUAUACGCAAACCAUUCGCUACCUCAUGCUGCUGUACCUUGUAUGGAUGUAUUACGAUUGGGACACUUGCAACCGCGGUGGUAGAAGUCACCGUUGGACAGGAUGGGCGAGAAAUAAUCCGUACUGUCGUCUUUUGUGCGACUAUUAUCCGGCGAAGUUGGUGAAAACGGCCGAUUUGAAUCCGAAUAAGACCUACGUUUUCGUUUACGUUCCUCAUGGAAUUUUGCCGACGGGAAUGAUGUGUGCGUUCGGCACCGACGUGUUGGGUUUCAAGGAUCUAUUUCCCGGUCUGGAGAUACGCUCGGUCGUUCUCGAUCAGCAUUUCAUGACUCCUUUCUUCAGAGAAUACACUCUUGCCGGAGGCUGUAUCGCUUCUAACGCAAGAAGUCUUGAGUACGCGCUGUCGUCACCGCCGGAGGAACCGUACACCGGAAAAGCUGUGACUCUAAUUCCCGGAGGCGCAUCCGAAGCGUUGGAAUCGAAACCGGGUACUUAUCGCACGCUUAUAAAGAGAAGAAAGGGCUUCGUGAAAUUAGCAUUGAAAAACGGCGCGGCGUUAGUUCCUGUUAUCUCGUUCGGCGAAACGAAUUUGUACAAUCAGCUGCACGCGCCGGAAGGAUCGUUGCUGAGACGCGUUCAGAAUUGGAUUCGCAAGUACAUAGGCUUGGCACCUGUCAUCAUUUCGGGCAGAGGAUUCUUCCAGUACUCGUUCGGUCUCAUUCCAAAGCGAUCGCCCAUCACGGUAGUAGUUGGAAGUUCCUUGGAGCUACCGAAGAUGUCGACGCCCACGUCCGAACAAAUCGACGAGUAUCACAAAAAAUUCGUCAAUCUCUUGAGCACCACCUUCGAAACGGAGAAACACAAGUACAUAAAGGACGCGGAGAAAACGACUCUCGAAUUCUUAUGACUCGCGCUCGAUACGAACAAACGAUACGGAACUGCGGAUAUAAAUUUGUUUCGAUCUGAAAACAUACGUGAAAAAGCGUUUCUCGUUGCGUUGACCGUAUUCUUCAUUACGAUUCAUUAAUAAUCAUCUUUAACAAACUAAUUUACCCGCAUAUUAUUUUGUAUAAUACAAAAAAUAAUGAUAUACAUAUCAUUUAUAUUGCAAUAUAAAUAUAUAUCAUGUAAUAUGGAAGAAGAUGACAAUUUUGUGUGUGUAUGUGAGAUAUGUAAUUCGAUUGAACGCAGAAAAAUGUCUUUUUGUAAUAGCGUUUUAUGUAUGCGAGAAGUUAUGUGUAUAAAUACGGUGGUUGUUGUUACAUUAAUGUUUGUACCGUUAGAUUAUAAUUUACUUAAUUAGAGAUAAGAGAAGUAAGAAAGUGUCUUUAAGAGACAAAGUAGUAUUUAGCACAAAAAAUUGUGUGUCACAAUUUUAGCAGCAAUAUUUUGUAAGAAAUAGUUGAAACAAAGAAGAUCACGACUUCAAAAACACGUUGUUAUUAUCUAAUAUAUUAAACCACAUCUUUGUAAACAACCUGUAGUUGAUUAUUGCAUUGCGGCGCCAUCUCUUCUUCGUGUAUUUUUGUUUGUCUGUGAGUUUGUUUCGUGUUCACUUCUACGCUAAAUCCGCAUCCUUUUCGUAAAUAUCAAAGUUCACGUGUGGCUACUGAUAUAUA